AUGCGUUGCUUCUCGACUUUACCGUACUACACUGCCUGCUGCCCGAACCACGAAAUAGCGACACCGGCGCAAGCCGGAUGCCCCGAGGAGUACCUCAACGUUCAGUGCUGUCCACGGGAAGAUUUUCUGGGCCUGGUGAAAGACCUGCCGCCAAGCAGCCAUCUUCAGGCACAGGAUCUACUCUGGAGUUUUCUACGUGAUAUAGACCUUGAAAGCCUGGAGGCAUGGAAGCUUUUCUCUGCAGGUUCUGCACGGCACGCGAAUUUACAGAUGUCGGAGUUCCACCUCACUGAGAACGGAGCAUCGAAGGCACUGCUGGAGGAGGCGCGAAGUCUUAGCCGCCUUUUGGCCAGGAGCAUCCUGCGACUGGAGAGCUUCCAGCAGUUCUGCAUGUGGAAGCUGGCUACUCAAACUGGAAAACAGGUGAUGGAUGUUGAACCCGAGGCAUGUGAGCAUGGCCUGCAUCACCUAUAUAUCGAGACAGUGGCGAACCAUGACCGGCUUGCAUAUUCGCUCCUCACUCAGGACUCUCCACACGCUGCUCCUCGAGUGUUGCGCACUGCUGUGGCACUUCAGAUCGUUUGCACUGGCAAGUGGGCGAAGAAGGGCAUAUCAACCCUGGUGAGUCUUUUGCGCCGAAGAACCACCAGUUUGAGGGUCUUUGUGUUGGGCGAUGUUGAAGGCUGGGAAGAUCUGCUCGGGACGAUGCGAGAACUAUCGCAGGCACACAAGCUGGACAUGACAGGUGUUGGCUUCGAGCACAUCAACUUUGAGCAGAUGCCGGAGUUUCAGCGCUACAUGCAAGCAUACCCGCAAGACUGCUUUUUCCACAGCUCCAUCGAGAGAGCGAUGCUUGCGCGAAUCCUUUGUCCUUUACUGCUUCCGGAAGAUGUCGAGCAGGUGAUUUCCAUCGAUCUUGGAGACAUAUUGAUCCUAGAUGACAUCUAUGGCCUAUGGGAGAUCGGCUGGCAGUUGAGGGAUCACUUCCUUGCAGCCGCCUAUGCGGCGCCGCUCCAUCAUAUAAAUGCAGGGACUGUGGUGUACAACUUGAAGAGGAUGCGAGACUCCAACUUCACAGAUCUGACCCUACUGGCGGCAGAACAUGGUUUGAGAAGAAGUGCGGAUGGUGAAUGUUUGCGUGAUCAAGGCAUCCUUAACAUCCUGAACGAUGAAGCCUUUCUGGCCAAGACUGGCUUUCGGCAGCCGGUGCUGGGAUUUCUGCCAUGCCGGUGGUCGCUAUUUCCUUCUCUUGAUUGGCACCCAGCUUGGGAGAAGCUAGAGCUUUGGCCACCUGCAAUGAUCGCCAGGCAUCGCUACCCAGGCAUCGUGUCUCGUGGCCAGGUGGAGCACUACUGCCCCGAUGCCGCAGAUUUGCUUUCCUCCUUUGCCUUCGUGCCACUCACGGGCUCGAGGCAAGCCAGGGUCAGGGAGUACGCUGCCUUGGGCGCUGAACCACGUGCUCGAUACUGCAGUUCACAGCGGCUUGGGGAGCCUUGCUGCACUUGCGGAGAGCCGGCUGCUCUGGUUCAUGUGGCUGGCGAUCUGAAGAAAUGGCCAGGGUUGCGGCAGCUGUUGCAGACUCACGUGGGACCCACAGGAGACUCUCUGCUCAGCGCCGAGGGCACAGACACGGAGACUCCGACUUACAGGUGGUGGGGCAGUGAGUCGCGUGACACGGAGCUCAGGGAAAAGAGCCAGGAGCACCUUUACAAACUCGCCAGGCAGAGAGGAUUGAAUUACGUCAUGCGGCGCGGAUCCGCAUUAUGCCAUACCUUUGCCACCAGGCUGUCGCAGGGUGUACCCAGAUACCACGAGACAAGGCUCGGGAAUUUGUUCGCUCCACUUGUGCUCAGCAUCGACACCACAUCUGCUAGGUUUCAGCUUCGCUUCUUGGCAGCUGAGUUGUCCAUGGAGUUCGCAGUCCAGCUUGCCACCGAACCGGUGGUGAGGCUGUGGUGGCAAUGUGCAAAUGGCACCCAGGCGGUCGCAGAAAGUUUGAGGUCGCAUACCUGCGACGAAAGAAGCGAGUGGAUAUCAACACGCUGGAGCCUCUCGCCACACGGAAGCGAGAUCGACAUAUGCGGUGGCAAAACCGAGUUUAUCCAGCAUGAGGUGCCGCUCCGGGAAGCCAACGCUCCGUUCUCUCUCCUGGUUGGAUCCGAGGCAGAAGCUUUGUGGUCUGUGUGCCUGAACUGA